AUGUCCACGUCUUCGUCGGGUUUGUCUUACCACAGUGACGGGGACUUUUACCCGAGAAAGUUCGGCCCGAAGCCGGACGUGGUUCCGUCCGGGGUGACUGAGAGGAAGCUGGUGUCGCUGGAUAAACCGGACAUGGUGUCGGUUCAUGUCAUUAACGUCCAUGAUUCAGAUGUCCCUGUGCACAGAAAGAAGCAUGACACUUACAUCUUGGGGACCAUCCAGCCCUUCAGGAAAACACACAGAUCCAUAUUUGGGAAGCUCCUGCAGGAAUUCCGACUUGUGGCGUCGGAUAGACGGUCAUGGAGGAUCCUUCUGUUUGGCGCUCUGAACCUGCUGUGCACCGGCUGUCUGCUGAUGUGGUGCAGCUCCACCAACAGCAUGGCUUUGACUGCUUACACCUACCUGACCAUCUUUGACCUCUUUGGUUUGAUCACCUGUCUCAUCAGUUCCUGGGUAACCAUGAAGAAGCCCAGUCAGGUCUACUCCUUCGGGUUUGAAAGACUGGAGGUUUUGGCUGUUUUUGCCUCCACUGUUCUGGUCCAACUUGGGUCCAUGUUCAUCCUCAAAGAGAGUGCGGAGCGCUUCAUGGAGCAGCCUGAGGUUCACACUGGACGUCUGUUGGUUGGGACAUUUGUCGCUUUGUUCUUUAACCUGUUGACGCUGCUGUCUGUCAGGAACAAACCGUUUGCCUACGUGUCAGAAGCCGCCAGCAGCAGUUGGCUUCAGGAACACGUGGCAGAUCUGAGCCGCAGUUUGUGUGGCAUUAUUCCAGGUCUCAGCAGCGUCCUGCUGCCCAGGAUGAACCCGUUUGUCCUGAUCAACAUGGCUGGAGCGCUCUCCCUCAGCGCCACGUACAUGCUCAUCGAGAUCAAUAAUUAUAACGCCGUGGACACGGCCUCAGCAGUCGCCAUUGCACUCAUGAUCUUUGGCACCAUGUAUCCAAUGAGCGUCUACAGCGGCAAAGUGCUGCUGCAGACCACACCCUCCCACGUCAUUGGCCAGCUGGACAAACUCCUCAGAGAGGUGUCCACUCUGGACGGCGUGCUGGAGGUUCGUAACGAGCACUUCUGGAUCGUCGGCUUCGGAUCUCUGGCUGGCUCCGCCCACGUUCGUAUUCGCCGCGAUGCCAACGAACAGCUGGUUCUGGCUCACGUCACGAACCGUUUGAUGCCGCUCGUUUCCACACUGACUGUGCAGAUCUUCAAAGACGACUGGACCCGGCCCUUCCUCACGGGGGCGCUCUCCUCCUACUCCUCUGCCCCUCUAGGCCUCCUUGAAGGCUACGUCCCCGUUUCUUCCUCCACCGUCCCUCCCGUGCUGUCCACUGUGGAAGACCUGGACCCGCUGACCUCCACGCCCUCCAAACCAAGCAGCCCUCCUCCUGAGUUUUCUUUCAACACACCUGGAAGGAAUCUGCAGCCGGUGGUUCUCCCCGCCCCUGGGCACCACACCCACAGGCCCUAUGGCGGCGUGGGACUGGCAUAUGGCCCGUCUGUUUCCACGGGGAUGCUGGGUCAGGGUCUGGUCCCGCCUGGUGGUGGGCUGGGACUCGGUGUGCAGGGUCUAGGGACUAGAAGUGGGACUGGGUUUGCGCUGGGUGUGGCUCCCUCCUCUCAGACCUACAGAACUGCCUUUGGAGGGUCAACGGUGCCGCUCCAGUUUGGAUCCAGCGCUCCUCUGACGUCACAGUUACAGUCCAGACAGUACCGACCCUGAUCAGGGGAUCCAGCUGGAACUGGUUCAUUAUGGAUACUUAGACACGAUGUCGUAAACCCGUCAAACGGACCAUUUCUCAGCUGUCAGUCCACAGACUGGAAACAUAUUCGUCAGAUUGAUUCGAAACUUCGGCGUUAAAUGUGGUCAUUAGGAAACGAGCGACUUUGGAACGGUAUUUAUUCAGAUGUCAACUUGUUUGUUUACAUACGCAGAUGUUGGGAAAAGGUUUUCCAAACGCGCACUCAUGUUAUCAAUAAAGGGAGAGAAGGUUAUGGGCG